AUGUCUCUGAACUGGGCGGCCGCGUUCGUCGCGAUCCUCUACUACCUGACGGUCAUCUUCGUGGGCGUCUGGGCCGGUCGCAAGGUGCACAUCCACGACUCGUCAGAGCGACGCCGUCGCAGCAGCGCCAAGCAGGGCACGCCAACGUCGCCACAGCUCAGCAUUAGCGCGGGUGACCAAUACGUGAGGAACCUGCUCGUCGCCAACAGGAGCCUGCCGCUGGUCCUUAGCUGCGGAUCCAUGACCGCCACGUGGGUUGGAGGCGGCUACCUGAACGCAACUGCCGAGGCGGUCUUCCAGCACGGCCUGCUGCACACGUACGCUCCGUUCGGCUACACCCUUAGCCUGCUGCUGGGCGGCCUCUUCUUCGCCGGUAGAAUGCGGCUGAGCGACGCGAUGACCAUGCUGGACCCGUUCCAGAAGCACUACGGCCGCUGGAUGGGACUGCUGCUGGCUCUGCCGGCCGUCGGCAGUGAAGUCCUCUGGUCGGGAGCCAUUCUGUCCGCUCUCGAAAACCGAAAGAGAGAAAGGCCUAAAAGUGACACCUUUGUGAAGUUUCCGUAG